CUAGCGGUUAUCUCGACGUUGUGGAGCAGCCGGAGCCAGCCCGCUAAGCGAAGCGAGCCCUUUUUGCAGUAGCGCCCGCCGCCGCCGCCUUGGUUGUCCUGGGAAAGGGCGACGCCGCCACCGUCACCCCUUCAGCCUCCCCAUUCCCUUCCCGAGAACCGCCGCCUCCACCCCCCUCCGCUCUUGUUCCCGCCCUGGCGGGCGCGCGCAACCACAUCCACACGCGCACACUCGGCUCUCUCUCGCAGACCCAGGUAGAAUUCGGCUGCCUUCGCCCGCUCCUCUCCGCGCAUCCCUCAGAUUUGCAGGUGGCGUGUCAGGUGUUUCGCUUCGUGGUUCUCUUCUUCGCCACCGCACCCCUUCCUCUUUUUUUGACGCCAGGAAAAGCCUUUUUAUUUAUUUUUUUCUCGCUUGCGGGGGAAGCUUUUCGGGGCAGGAAAUAAGAUGCAGCCUCUCUGUUCUUCUUGCAACGGGCACUGACUAGCCGAGAGGAAGCCACGAAGAAGAAGCAGCAGCUACGACGGGCGGAGGAGGAGAAGAGGGCAGUUUCCCGUCAUCUGCACGCCGCCGUCGCUGCCUUCUCGCUCGUCUCUUCUCCCUGCCGGACCUGCAGCCACCUCAAAACUUUCAGCCUGUCUGGCGGAGCCCCAACGCGACAUCAAUGGUGGAGGCGAUAGUGGAGUUUGACUACAAGGCUCAGCAUGAUGAUGAGCUGACAAUCACUGUCGGUGACAUAAUCACCAAUAUCAGAAAAGAUGAUGGAGGUUGGUGGGAAGGACAGCUUAAAGGCAGAAGAGGUUUGUUCCCUGACAACUUUGUAAGAGAAAUAAAAAAAGAAGCAAAGAAGGAAGGCCCUGUCAUCAAAGCACCAGAAAAAUCUAUACAUGAUGUUUCCAAUGGAAGUUCGUUACUGUUGUCUGAGACAAUUAUUAGAGCCUCCAAAAAAGGUGAUCGAAAUAGGCGGAGAAGAUGUCAGGUGGCUUUCAGUUAUAUGCCUCAGAAUGAAGAUGAACUAGAGUUGAAAGUUGGAGAUAUCAUAGAGGUUGUUGGAGAAGUGGAAGAGGGUUGGUGGGAAGGAGUUCUCAAUGGGAAGACUGGCAUGUUUCCUUCCAACUUCAUAAAGGAGCUUUCUGAUUCUGACGAUACUGGAACUGUCCAACAGGAACAGCUAAUAAAACCAAGAAAGUCUGCCUUUCAAGGGACAAUUCUGUAUAAAGUGGCACCAGCAAAGAUUGACAGCUACAGACGCUAUAACAGUUUGAGAGAUGCUACCGGCUCAGAAAGUGACGGUGGUGAUUCAAGCAGCACGAAAUCAGAAGGAGCUAAUGGAGCAGCAACAAUCCAACCCAAAAAGGUCAAAGGGGUUGGCUUUGGAGACAUUUUUAAGGACAAACCUAUAAAGCUACGUCCAAGGUCAAUAGAAGUAGAUAAUGACUUUCUUCCAGUUGAUAAGACAGUUGGAAAAAGAAUACCCACAGCCACAGCAGUUCAGGAGCCGGCGAAAAUAGAAGUGGACAACAGGACAAAGGUAAAGGAAUAUUGCAAAGUUUUAUUUUCAUAUGAAGCACAGAAUGAAGAUGAACUGACAAUCAAAGAAGGUGAUAUUGUCACUCUUGUCAAUAAGGAAUGUAUUGAUACUGGCUGGUGGGAAGGAGAACUCAACGGUAGAAAAGGAGUAUUUCCUGAUAACUUUGUUAAAUUACUUAUUUCUGACUUUGAAAAAGAGAGACCUAAGAAACCACCACCUCCAUCAGCUCCUGCCUUCAAACAAGGAUCAGCUACGACAGACAGAAAACAUGAAAUCAAAAAGGUACCUCCUGAAAGACCAGAAUGUCUUCCUCAUCGAACAGAAGAGAAAGAAAGACCAGAGAGAGAGCAAAAGCUGUUAGAUUUACAGAAGCCUUCUGUUCCUGCUAUACCACCGAAGAAACCUCGACCACCCAAAACAAACUCUUUGAACAGACCUGGUACGUUGCCUCCAAGAAGACCAGAAAGACCAAUUGUGCCUCUGACCCAUACAAGGAAUGAUAUCCCAAAAGUAGAUCCAGCGAGCUGUACAUCGUCCAGCACCUUAGAAAAGGAUUCCACAGAAAGGAGCAAUGACAUCGAUCUGGAAGGUUUUGAUUCCGUAAUACCAGUUGCUGAGAAGCUCAGUCACCCAACAACUACUAGACCAAAAGCUACUGGCAGAAGACCUCCUUCACAAUCAUUCACAUCUUCUUCACUUUCAAGUCCUGACUUCUUUGAUUCGCCAAGUCCUGAAGAUGAAAAGGAGGAACAUGUUUCUCUUCCGCACAAAGUAGCUGAACCUUUAAAGAAAGCAAAGACUGUUACUAUAUCGCUAGUAUCUGAUAACAAAGCUUCACCGCCUGCCAAGCCAGGAGGCUUAACAAGUGGAAGUAAUCUUCCAUCUUCGUUAUCAUCCUCAUCUGCACUUCAUCCAGUUUCAGCAGGAACAACAGGUCAUAGGUCCAAUUCCCCAUCUUUGUUCAGCAGUGAAGGAAAGCCAAAGACUGACCAAUCCAACCAAGGUGAAGCAGCUUUGGAUGAGUUAAGAACACAAGUGAAGGAGCUGCGAACUAUCAUUGAAACAAUGAAAGACCAGCAGAAAAAAGAGAUUAAACAAUUGCUGUCUGAAUUAGAUGAAGAAAAGAAGAUCCGGCUACGAUUACAGAUGGAGGUUAAUGAUAUAAAGAAAGCUCUUCAAUCAAAGUGAAUUCUGGAUAGAUGGAAUGUUGUAUUAUUCAUCGUGACAGAGACUUUUAUGCCCCAGACAAAAUAACUUUGUGCCAAAUGAUUCAAGAUCUGCCUACACCCCUUUGUUUGAACAACUAGCACAAGAGUUUUAAUAGCACAACACAAAUUCCAUUGAAGAGGAGGAAUUUCCAUGUGGCUUGGUUAUCGCACUGUUGUGACUGAAAUUCUUCUUACUGUGCUAAAAUCUUCUCUACUUCAAGUUCACAGGCAAUUGAAAACUCAGGCAGUUUAGUUCAUAGUGGUACUAUUUUAAUGAUGUUUUCCAUAAGUAAAAUCUACUUCAGGUUUAUCAGUUUACAGGUUUUAUGAUUUUGACUUUUUAAAUUGUCUUUUUGUCACACAGAUUCUUAAAAUGUUUGUAUUGCAUAUAGCCAGAAAUGAAUGUUGAUAUCUGGGUGAGGAGUCCUUUAUUUCUCUCUCUCUCUCUCUCUCUCUCUCUCUCUCUCUCUCUCUCUCUCUCUCUCUCUCUUGCUUCACAUAGAAACAGCUUUAUGUGUUGUUUUAAAUACGAUUACAUAUGCAAUCUUUUGUCCAAAAAUUAUCUACAAGAUGAAUCUUAAGUUUGUGUACAAAUAGUGUAUUUAAAAGGAAAAAAAUGAAGAUAAAUUGGUCUUUGCAAUGAUUUGUGCCUUCUUUUGCCAAACACUGAUUGGAGCUGGUUGUAGACCAGGUCUUAGAAAUGUAGCUAUCACAAUGAGGCCUGACAGUCCACUAGAGGUCACUCUUUCAGUAUUUUAGCUGCUUGCUCCUAAGAGAACGUUUGGGGUUUUUUAUUUUUCGUUUUUGCUAAUGACCACAGCAUGUUGAAGCAGCUUUAUUUCAACAACUGUGGCUUAUUCAACUGAGAAUUCACUGCUGCUUGAUUUCAUUUGAACUUUAAACACUUGCUUUCAUCUCUAGGUUUGCACAUCUUGGGUGAACAGAAUAUGCAUAAUCUAAGAGCAAAAAUGAAUAAAAUAUAAAACAACAAGAGAGAGUUGUAUUAUUUCAUGCACAGAUAUUGUGAAAUAUUAACCUGGUGUUUAAUAUCAAUUGCUACAUCUAUUGUGAACUUCAUAAUGUGGGGAAAUGGUGUGAUUUUUGUAUAAUGGCAUCCUAGAAGCUGGGCUUUCUUUCCUAGGGUUACAGAAAAGCAGUAUUUAACUCAUCUAUUUAUAGAUAGUAAGAAUCUCAUAUUUCAAGGUAAAUUGAGUGUAUGUGCACAUGUGCACAAUCUAAAAAUAGUUCAUGACAAAAACUGUAAUUUCCUAUUUUAAUACGUAAUAGAUUGCAUUAUUAAUACAAUCCUAUGUGUGUCUACUCAGAUGUAAAUCCAAUUCAAUGAAAAUUAUUCCCAGGUAAGUGUGCAUAGGACUGCAGCCUUAUACUUACUAAGAGAGUAAGCCCCAUUGAAUUUAGUGAGAUCUACUUUUGAGGAAACACACAUUGGAUUGGUUUGUGUGUUUCCUUGUACAAUUAAGGUAUUUGUGCUGCUGAAACAUCCACUUGUUGCUGUCCAGUGGUGUUUUGGCUCUGCUCUGUGCUCAGAGCUAUGAAGUUUACAUUAAAUAUCACACGGUGACUCUGUUUAUCAUAUCACAUGACCAUUUGGCAUUCUCCUCUCCCCCACCUUAGGAAUUCAGAGUUGUUUGUUUGACUCCUAGUUUGAUUUUAAUUGGCUUGAAAACUUACAACAUGGUGGUAAUCUCUAUAAAGAUUUCUAUAGUUCAGUUCCAGGAAAAUGGAACAGCAGGUUUUAGAUUUAGUGAUGCAUCAGAAUCCUUGUCUUAAUCAUGUCUAUUUCUUAUUUCUUAACAAAAUAAAAAAAUUCCUUCCAGCAGCACCUUAGAGACCAACUAAGUUUGGUCUCUUAACUUAUUUCUUAACUUUAACACAAUCACUAAUUGAACAUUUUUCACUGUGAUACCUCUAUGAUUUUAAAGCUGCAUUACAAUCUCUGUAUUCAGAAAACCAAACCCAUUUUGAUCGAUAUGUUUCCAUCGUGCUUCAAGCAUGAGGAAAUUUUGUGAAAUCAACUCCUUGAUCAUCACAACGGCCAUGUGUUCUAAGAGGGGUAGUAUUCUUUGCUAUUUUACAGAAUAAACUAUUGCCCAGUCCUAAGACUGGCUAGUGCUUGAGAUAUUGCGCUGUAACAAAUGCACCAAUGCAGUGCUACAUGAUUUAGCAAUGCAGUAAAAUACAAGCCAGCUCAAAGGGCUUAGGAGAGGACAGAAGGCAAAUAGAAGCGUUAGAGGUGCACUUAGAAUGCCAAAAGUCUCUGGGUUUCAGCAUGUGGUCACGACACCUCUUCAGUGGCAUGCUAUUUUGAAUGUUUUACAGGAAACAGGUGCUUUUAACAUGCACAUGUGUCCAUGUUGAGGGUCCCCCAUGUGUACCAAACUGGGGCAAGUAAAUGAAUAUGCAAAGCUGCCAUGAGACAGAGCUUCUCAAAGCCACUUGUAGAAGAUGGGUUCAUAUUUUAGCAUAGAAGCCGCUUCCAUGUGGUUGCAUUGCACUGAUGAGAGAAAAGCUACGUCAGUUGAAACAUUUGGUCCUUUCCCUGCUACCAUCACUUUUGGGAGGGCCUGAGGAUGUACAUCUAUAUACAGAGGUUACCAAUGCAAGUCCGGACCUGAUCGUGUCAAUGUGUGGCACCCACACAACAGUGGUAGCAUAUUAAUUAGACCUAUGGAUGAUAUAGGCUCUUGUUUACGACCGGGCCUUUGUAGUUCUCCUAUAGUUUUCUAGCAAUAAGAAUUUAUAGCUACUAACUUAAAAAUUAAGAAUUUGACAGGCAGACAAGUAAUGCUUCUAAAUUUACAGAUACUUGAAACUUGAGAUUGUAGGAUACCAUAGUGGAUUUCUGAUUUCACUCACCUGGAAAACUAAGCUUUGAAUAAUUACAGUAUGGGUUCAAACACAAGGCCCUGUUCUAAAAUGUUAUUUUUUGUGGGGAGCGGGACAGAGGGACUUAUCUUAAUUCAGCAUUGUCUGACCUGAAAUCAGGUUCUCUAUUUCCCCCCCUUCUUUCUCCCCUUCCUGUUGCAAUGGUGCAUUGUCAUUUUAUAAAACUGUAUUGAGGAGUCCAACGUAUUGUGUGAUUUGUAAAAUAAGAUUAAAUGAGAUUUUGUGGAAAUA